AUGAAUUAUGAUUACAUAGGGGCUAUUAAAAUUAAAGAUGGGCUAUUUCUAGGAGAUUAAUUUGCUGCAUAGGUAUUCUAUAAUGGUUAGAUUAGGAUCUUGAAUUUAUUGUUACUAAUAAAGUUUCAAGAAUUAUUAACUGUGCAUCCAAAUAAAUACCAAAUCACUGGGAAUCUAUUGGGAUUAUUUAUAUGUCGUUCCCAUGGAUGGAUAAUGAUUAAUAAGUAAGAAACCAUUAAAUAAAUUAUUAGAUCAUUUUACAAUAGGAUGAGAUAAUUAAUAAUAUAAUGAAAUUUAUAGAUGAUGCAUUAAAUAAUGGGGAGAGUGUUAUUGUCUUAUCGGUUAAAGGACACAAUAGAUCAGUGGCAACAUUAUGCGUUUAUUUUAUGAAGAAAUAUAGAUGGACCCUUUAUAAAACUCUUCAAUAUAUGCAUAAUAGAAGACCUGAUUUAGAAAUCAGAGCUCACUUCUUUAAUUAGUUAUUAUCAGUUGAAACAAGAUUGUAGAAAUAAGGUUAUGGCGCUAAGACCUAUAACUGGGAUGAGAUAUACACAUAAGGCGAGAAUGAUGAAAUUCUACUUAGAAAUACUUACUUGAAUUCUCAAGCACAAGGAGUAGCUGAAUUCAAGGAUCAUGACCCAAAACCAAAGGAAUCUAAGUUUAUUGAUUAUGAUAUAUAUUAGAUUGAAAUUCGCUGAAAAGGUUUCCAUGUAUAUUCCUCCAUAUGAUAAAAUAGUAUUCUCCAAAACAAGAUCUUUGCCAUAAGAUGCAAAACCAAUUAUAAAGAUGUCAGGCUCAUCAAAAUAAAUUGACCCUUCAUUUUAGCAAUAAGCUUAAAAAUCAUAAUCUAUGAAUAUAUAGGAUCAAUCCAAUUAAUAACCUUAAAAAGAUUCGCAAAAAUCUAGUCUACAAUAAAUUUAGCCUUAAUACCCUUAGAGACCCUAAUCAUAGGGUGCUCAAUAAUAAAGGUUAACCAAAAGUGAUAGUGGUAAAUCUGGAUCAGUGUUUGAUAAUAGUGCUGCUUGUAAAUAUCAUUUAUGAUGUAUGAUAGAGCCACAAAGAGUUCAAAUGAAUAACUUCAUGGACUCAAGAGAUUAAUUUCUAUAGAAAUCCCAACAACAAAAUGGUACUCGUAGACCCUAAACUGCUCCAAAUUAAUUGAAAGCUCCUCGAGUUCAAACGACUCCAUAUAAAAGAAACACUAGUUCUGGUCAAAGACAAGAAGCAGGAUCAUAACCAAAUUCUUAAUUUAAACCAAUGAGAUAAAGAGCAUAAUCUCCAAAUUCUACAUAUAAUUCAUAAAAUCCGUAUGUUCAAAGAUAAUUCAAAGCCAAAGCAUGGAAAAAAUGA